CGUUUGGUGCGCUUGUGCCGCGCCGGGGCUCGGCGGCGGGCUGGUGCUGCUGCUGCUGCUGCUGCUGCCUCCUCCAUCCCUCCAUCCCUCCAUCCCUCCAUCCCUCUCCGGGCACCAAACCGGGAGGAGCACCACUCCCGCGACCCUCGCCCCGAUGCAGCCUCGGCCGCCUCUUCCCCCGGCGUGACCCUGUUUUUUUCUUUUGGGGGGGCAGAAGCCGGUCUUGGCCCGGCAGGCGAGGGUGGUCGGAAGGGGCUUCAGGAUGCCCGGCGCGUCUGCGGCCGUCUCUAGCGGGCUCCCGGCUGCGGCGGCGUCGUCGUCGUCGUCGUCGUCGGGGAUGCCCGGGGCUCUGCUUCCCCCGGACGAAGCGGCCAAGCUCUACCGCGCCAACUACGUGCGGAACUCGCGGGCCAUCGGGGUGCUGUGGGCCAUCUUCACCAUCUGCUUCGCCAUCGUCAACGUGGUCUGCUUCUUCCAGCCUUACUGGAUCGGCGACGGCGUGGAGACCCCGCAAGCCGGUUACUUCGGCCUCUUCCACUUCUGCACCGGCAGCGGCGUCUCCCGGGAACUCACCUGCCAGGGCAGCUUCGCGGACUUCGCCGGCCUCCCGUCGGGCGCCUUCAAAGCCGCCUCCUUCUUCAUCGGGCUCUCCAUGACGCUCGUCAUCGCCUGCAUCGGCUCCUUCGCCCUCUUCUUCUUCUGCAACACCGCCACCGUCUACAAGAUCUGCGCCUGGAUGCAGCUCAGCUCCGCUGCCUGCCUUAUCCUCGGCUGUAUGAUUUAUCCCGACGGUUGGGAUGCCAAAGAAGUGAAGCGGAUGUGCGGUGAGAAGACAGACAAGUACACCCUGGGAGCUUGUUCGAUCCGCUGGGCUUACAUCUUAGCCAUUAUUGGCAUCUUGGAUGCCAUGAUCCUCUCGUUUCUGGCAUUUGUACUCGGCAAUAGGCAGGACAGCUUACUAGCAGAAGAGCUGAAGUUGGAAAACAAAGACGAUGGAAAUGCGUAAGGCAAAGGGAGUAUGACACUAAUUUUUGUUGAGUGAAUCUUCACUAGAAUGAGCACAAACAGUUAACAGCUUUUGUACAUCAACAUUAAUGGAGGAGAAGCCUGAGAAAGAAAGAAAGAAAGAAUCCUGGGAUGAAGAGAAACAAGAAUGAGUGAAUGAAUGAAUGAGCGAAUGAAUGAGCGAGUGAACGAGUGAAAAAGCUGCCUUCUUAAACAUAGCUCAGCCAGACGUGAGAGAAUUCUCCGGCGAGAAGAUUCAGAACAUGAAUUUGGCCAUCCGCCGAUUAGAAACCGCAGCUCUCUCGACAACAUUCAGGAGGCGUGCAUGAGACGUCACACCAGGGGAACACAUUUCAAAGGGGGAAACGGGAGGUCGCUCGGGAAAGUUGCAAACAUCCAUGCGUCAAAGAAAUGUGCACACUUUUUAAAAGAAAUGCUCCGAAGGGAAAGGAGGAAAAAAAAAAAAAAACACUGCAAGAGGCGGGAAGUUAAUGGAAGAGAAUUCCUCCGCUGAACGCCUGGAAGAAAAUCGGGAUAUCGCUUGCCGCUGUUUUACCACGCCCAAAACAGACGCCUUUCGUUUCGUGAUGGCCAUAAAAUUGUGGUUAUUUUUCUUUCA